UUAGCUGUGUACUCUACUAUACGACUACUCAGUUGGUAAAACAGGACGGGGAGUACUAUGCUAUGUAGUAGUUCACACAUCAUUUGCUUCCAUUUUUUCCGGCGUAACCGAUUUACCAAAUUCAUCCGCCUGAAACAAAGGAUUAAUGAUGGUUAAUUAGAGGAUUAUAGCUUCUGAUGUAUAACUUGUUUGUGAUCCACGACCAUUUGUUCUGCCAUUGCUCUAUGUGAAGUGAUUUAGCUGGAGAUUUGUGGAAAACAACUUCUCUAGACUUACAAAGAUAAGGGUAAGACCAUACGAGUUUGUUGGUGAAGGAAUGAGCAGUUCUUAUGGAAAAUAUUGAAGAGCACAGUUGAAUGAUAUGCAAAGCGGCGGUGGACCUGCAAAAAUCCUCAAAAAGAGCUUUAUUUGGACCUUUGAGGCAUGACAUUUUUUACAAUCUCAUUACAAAAAAAUGAGUGUAAUGAAGCAACAUAUACCAUCCAAUUUCCUUUGCAAUGCAGAAAUUGAGGUGGACGAUAUCAGCAACUUACCAGCCCAGAUUGUCGACAAGAUUCUGUCUCAUUUGUCACUUAGGGAUGCUGUGAGGACAAGUAUCUUGUCAAGUAAAUGGAGAAACAAAUGGGUUACUCUUCCAAACCUUGUAUUUGACAAUCAAUCUCUUUUGAUCUCAUCCCAAGACCAAACCUUCAUAAAAAAUAAGAUAGUAAACAUUGUUGAUCAUGUUCUUUUACUUCAUUCUGGUCCUAUACACAAGUUCAAGCUAUCUCAUCGGGAUCUUCAAGGGGUGUGUGAUAUUGAUAGAUGGAUUCUCUUUCUAUCAAGGGGUGCUGUGAAGGAGUUUAUUCUUGAAAUAUGGAAAGGACAUCGCUACAAACUCCAUUCUUCUAUAUAUCUUUGUCAAAAGUUGAACCACUUGGAGCUUUUUAAUUGUCUUCUAAAACCACCUCACACAUUCAAUGGUUUUAAAAGCUUGAAAAGCCUCGAUCUUCAGCACAUCACUAUGGAACAGGAUGCAUUUGAGCAACUUGUGUCGAGAUGCCAUUUACUUGAGCGGCUUACACUGAUGAAUUUUGAGGGCUUCUCCGAUCUAAAAAUCCAUGCACCGAAUCUCCUCUUCUUUGAUGUUGGAGGUGUCUUUGAAGACAUCAAUUUCAUGAACACAUUUAAUCUUGCUAUCGUUUCUAUUGGGCUAUAUGUAAAUCCUGGAUUUGACAAAAAUCUUACUCUAGGCAGUGCUGGAAAUUUGGUCAAGUUUUUUGCUCAUUUGCCUCGUCUUCAAAGGCUUGAAGUACAGAGCUUUUUCUUGAAGUAUCUGGCUGACAAUAAAGUGCCAGGAAGACUACCUACGCCUUGUGAUGAGCUAAGUUUUCUUUCAAUGCGCAUAAAUUUCAACCAUUUGGAUGAGUGUCUGGCAGCACUUUGCCUUCUCAGAAGUUCCCCUAACCUACAAGAGCUUGAGAUGUUGGCACGCACAGAAGAACAAAGUACUUUGAGAACCGUUGCCAGUGUUAUGAAAGAGGAUUACCAGAAUUGUAUGUUCAAUCAAUUGAGGCAUGUUAAGAUUGCUGGUAUAACUGGGCUUAAACAAGAGCUAAAUUUCGUCAAUUUUCUGCUUUCAAAUUCACCUGUUCUUGAAAGAAUGACAGUCAAGCCAGCUUCAGUUGACGGUGCAUGGGAGAUGCUAAAAGAGUUGCUUCGCUUCAGGAGAGCUUCUGUACAAGCUGAAAUCGUUUACGUUGACCCUUAAUUAAGCUGGGCAGCCUGUGGUCUAGUAAGAUCUAGGCGUAUUUACUAUAUUAGUUUAGCAUCUCGUGUAGAAACUAAGCUAGACCGUCUGCUGAAAUGGAAGCACCAAUGUGAUCAGUAACAGAGAUGAUUAUAAUACUGAACUUUUUCGUUCAGUGUUGUGAACUUCUUGGUUUUUUCUGAGCAGAACAACUAGUUGUGUAGUUGUACUUGUCCUGUUUAUAGCCAUCUGAUGGUAAAUCCCAAUAUUGUGUGUUGUUCUCCGGUACAACUUUACAAGUAUCCUAAAAAAUGUGUUAUUAUUAUCUUGAAGAAGAUAAUGCUUCUCAGUAUUGUUUUCUUA